AUGGUUCCUUCCGGAGCUUCUACCGGGGAGAAGGAGGCCGUUGAACUUAGGGACGGUGACCAAGGAAGGUAUGGCGGUAAGGGAGUUAAGAAGGCAGUUCACUAUGUUAACUACGUAAUUGCUACAUCGCUUAUAGAGAAUCAUAUCGAUCCAUCCAGACAACAGGAUCUUGAUAGCUUCUUAAUAGAUCUAGACGGUACAGAAAACAAGUCUAGGUAUGGUGCUAAUGCGAUUCUUGCCGUUUCGCUUGCCAUAGCAAAGGCUGUUGCUAAAGCCAAGGGAAUGCCUUUCUACCAAUAUAUUUCCUCCAUGAUGGGCAAUGCAUAUCCUGCCAAAUUUAUCCUUCCUUUACCGAUGGUUAAUGUCAUAAAUGGUGGUGCUCAUGCAGACAAUACGAUUGACUUCCAGGAGUUUAUGUUUAUGCCUGUGGGUGCUGCAUCCAUGCAUGAAGCCGUAAGAAUUUCUGCCGAAUGUUUUCACACAUUGCAGAAGCUUCUUAAAAAAAGAGGAUUAAACACCAAUAAAGGUGAGGAGGGUGGUUUUGCAGCCAAUUUAAACUCGGUUGAGGAGGUUCUUGAUGUUAUGGUUCAGGCUAUCGAAGAAGCAGGGUAUAGGGCGGGAUUGAUUAAUGGGCAUGUUGGGAUUGGACUUGACGUUGCUGCUUCCGAGUUGUACGAUGAAGAUAUCAAGAGAUAUAAGUUCCGAAAACUUAUAAAGGUUCAUCCUGAACUGGAAGAGACUUACAUUAAAUCAACUGCCCAAAUGAUUGACUAUUACGAGGAGUUGAUUGAAAAAUAUCCAAUUGUUUCGAUCGAGGACCCUUUAGAUGAGAAUGACUGGGAUGGAUUCAUUACUAUGAAUGAGAGACUGGGUAAAAAAGUUCAAAUCGUGGGUGAUGACCUGUUCUGCACCAAUCCGAAGAUUACUCAGGAAGGUGUUGACCGAAAGGUUGCUAAUGCAGUUCUUGUGAAAAUGAACCAAAUUGGUACCGUUAGCGAAACUCUGAAAACUAUUCAAAUCGCUAAAAAUGCGGGUUGGGCUUGUAUUCUUUCCCACCGAUCCGGGGAAACUGAAGAUACAUCUAUCGCUGACAUUGCGGUUGGUACCUCAGCGGGACAGAUUAAGACUGGUUCCACUUCCAGAUCUGAAAGGAUCGCCAAGUACAACCGACUUCUUGAGAUUGAAAUCGAGUUGACCACAACAAACUCCAUCUUCUACGGACUUAACAGUCUGUUUAGCCUAGAUUUCACACAGGUUGAAUUGUUCAAAAGCAGAUCUAUUGACGCUGUUGAAGUUACGGAGGAUCAACCGCUUAGUGCUGCUGAACAAGACUAUCCGGUUGUUGAUGAAUUUAAAGCUUCCGAUGUUGGAUUUGAAGAAGAAGUCGAACAACGGGUUCGAGAGCAGAUUCAAGAAGGUACUUACAGCGAAAAUGAAUUGGGCAAAGAGGGAAUACCUGAAGUGUCAGACGAACAGACUGAAGAAUCAGAAGCAGUAUCGGAAGAACAACAAUCUCAAGAAGAGUCAGGGGAAAAAUCUGAAGGAUCUGGAGAGUAG